CCGCUGAGGGGAAAAGGGUCGGCUGAGGCGCAGGCGCUGAGCCUCGGCGCCAUCAUGGCGGCCUCGCGGGACAAGUACUCGGUGCUGCUGCCCACCUACAACGAGCGCGACAACCUGCCGCUCAUUGUGUGGCUGCUGGUGCGGAGCUUCGAGGAGAGUGGCAAUGACUUUGAAAUUAUAGUCAUAGAUGAUGGAAGCCCAGAUGGAACACAGGAAAUUGCUGAACAAUUGGUAAAGAUUUAUGGAUCAGACAAAAUUCUUUUAAGACCCAGAGCAGAAAAACUGGGAUUGGGGACCGCUUAUAUUCAUGGAAUGAAGCAUGCUACAGGGAACUUCAUUAUUAUUAUGGAUGCUGACCUCUCACACCAUCCAAAAUUCAUUCCAGAAUUUAUCAGAAAACAGAAAGAAGGUAACUUUGACAUUGUGUCUGGAACUCGAUAUAAAGGAAAUGGAGGUGUUCAUGGGUGGGAUGUGAAACGGAAAAUAAUCAGCCGUGGUGCCAACUUCUUAACUCAGGUCCUUCUGCGACCAGGUGCAUCAGACUUAACUGGAAGUUUCAGGCUAUACAGAAGAGCGGUUUUACAGAAGCUAAUUGAGAGGUGUGUUUCCAAAGGAUAUGUUUUCCAGAUGGAAAUGAUUGUUCGGGCUAGACAACUGGGAUACUCGAUUGGAGAGGUUCCUAUAUCAUUUGUGGACCGAGUCUAUGGAGAAUCUAAAUUAGGAGGCAAUGAGAUAGUUUCCUUCCUACAAGGGCUGUUGACGUUAUUUGCAACUACUUAAGAGAUCCUACCCUGCAUUCAACAUAUACUGUGGACUGAGACGUUGUUUUUUGCAUCAUCUGGGAGAACCUUGCUCGCCUUCCUUGUGCUUAGGAAAGCCAUUCUAAUUUGAAGAAAAACAAGGGCCAUACAGUUCGUUCAGUAAGCCUUAUUUAUUAACCGUGGGGGGAAAACUUCACAGUGUGUUUUUUGUGUUUUAAUAAACGAGGGUCUCUCCAA